CACCAUAAAACCCUAGUUUAACUUUGCCUAAACCCUACUUUGAUCUACUUUGAUGCCGAUCAAAUCCCCGUCCUCUCCUACCCCCUCAAAUUUCUCUCCCGCCUCAGACGGAGCAGACACCGGAAAUUUCCGAAAGGACAGAGGGUUUUGAUUCUUGCUCCUAUGGCGACCCACGAAAACUGCAGAGAAGCCAACAACAAAAAAACCCAAAUCAAAGAACUCCUACAAUCAAAACCCCCUUCAGACCUCAACUCCCUCCUCACAAUCAACCUCUCAACCCUCAAAACCCAUUACGAAUCCCAGGUCCCAGAAUCCAAAACCCUAAACCUCGCCGUCAACCUCCGAUCCCAAUCCCAAUCGUGGACAAUUUGGGCCUGCCCUCGUUGCUCUCUGACGUUCACCCAACCUCAAUUCCUCUCUCAUCACGUCCUCGAAGCCCAUUUGAGGCCUAACAAGGAGUUGUUCUCUCUCUUGCCCAAAAAAGCCGAGAGAAGAAUCGUCGACGAGUUUCUCAGUGACAGCUCGCAGCCCGAAGCCAUUCGCUCUGCGGUCCAAAAGCUCAAGACUUUUGAUGUCCUUACGGAAACCCAACUCAAUAUCUUGUACAAAAUCGAUAAACCUUUGAAGAUUAGAGAGAUGGUUGCUUUUGUAGAGGAUUUAGUUUCAGAAUGCAGCAGCAGUUCUAGUUGUUCUGAUAAGAGCGAAGAGAGUGAGGAUGAGAGGAUUCUUGUUGACGGGUCGAAACUCGUUCUCAAUGUCAAGAAUGCGGAGGCUCUUUUUUCUUGGUUGUAUGAUGAUGAGGAGGAGGAAACGGGCUUUUGUGAAUGGGAUGAUUUGAAGAGGGAGAAGAGAAACCGAGGGGACGAGAUUAUUGAGAAGAUUGAGAAGGAGUUGGAGAUAUUGGAGACAAUAUGCAUCAAGAAGCAUAGCUUGCUGAGGUACAAGAAUGCAGUGGUGAUAUUAGAGAAGGUUUUUCUUGAUUUGGUGGCGAGGACGGGGCAGAAUCAAGAGGCGGUCAUGAGGAAGAUAAGAGGAGAUCUUGCUGAAAGAAGCGGAAAUGAUAAUGAUGUGCUGAGGCAUGUUGCAGCUAAUGUUCAUAAGGAGGUAGCGUCCAUGAAGGCAUCAAAGAUGAGGAAUUUGGUGAAGGUGGCGAUGAAAGAAGAUACUAGCACGGUUGAAGCAUUUAAGAUGCUGAAUUGGGAUUCGGAUUUUGAAGUAGCUAAAUGUGAUGCAAAGUUGAUUAGGAAAAGCAUUGAAUUAAAGCUGUUAGAAGUGAAGCUUGAGCAUGCUGCUGCCUUGGAUCAUCUUGCUGUUGUUGAGCCUCUAGUGAAGUCAUAUUUACGGCGGCAUCUAGAGGAGGAAGCUAAACUUAAUGAUGCUGCUGAAGAAUGAGAUUAAAAGUGAAGGUGUUAAUAGAUCUAAGAGCUGGAAGCAGGCUUUUCAAAGGGCUCAACUAGUUUGUACCUGAGGAUAUCAACUUGCAAACAAAGUCUAUGCUUGUUUGGUGGUUGUCCAUGAUAUCAACAAGAAAAACAUAUGCAAAUAAGAGCAGAAUUUUACCUAGUAUAGCCUGGUCGCAGAUGUUAAAAGAGAUGCAUAUGUAACAAAUUUACUUGCUCUGUAAUGUAAAUUGGUAAUAAUAAAUGGGUCUAAAGAAUAAGCAAAUUCACUGCCGGUGAAUCCUUUGCUUCUGAAA